UAGUCUCCAGCUUAUGUUCCAGAUGUCAGCCCAGAUCUUAUCCAACAGACAGAAGAAAAACUCAAAAUCAGCCCCUGCAAAGAGCUGUUCUCUCAGUGCACAAAAUCUGUCCUUGACCACCUCAGUGGGGAACCAUUCCAAGAAUACCUGAACAGCAUGUACUUCGACAGGUUUCUGCAGUGGAAGUGGCUGGAAAGGCAACCAGUAACGAAAAACACGUUUAGGCAGUACAGGGUACUCGGGAAAGGUGGCUUUGGGGAGGUCUGCGCCUGCCAAGUCCGAGCAACAGGGAAGAUGUAUGCCUGCAAAAGAUUAGAGAAGAAGAGAAUAAAGAAGAGGAAAGGCGAAUCCAUGGCACUAAAUGAAAAGCAGAUUUUGGAAAAAGUCAAUAGUCAGUUUGUAGUCAAUUUAGCCUAUGCCUAUGAAACAAAGGAUGCACUGUGCUUAGUUCUGACCAUAAUGAAUGGAGGUGACUUGAAGUUUCAUAUCUACAACAUGGGAAACCCAGGCUUUGAGGAAGAACGAGCUUUGUUUUAUGCGGCAGAGAUUCUUUGUGGCUUAGAAGACCUACACAGAGAAAACACUGUGUACAGAGAUUUGAAGCCAGAAAAUAUCCUGCUGGAUGAUUAUGGUCAUAUUAGAAUAUCUGAUUUGGGUCUAGCUGUUAAAAUUCCUGAGGGCGAAUCAAUCCGCGGAAGGGUAGGAACAGUAGGGUAUAUGGCCCCAGAAGUGUUGAACAACCAGAGAUACACACUGAGCCCUGAUUACUGGGGGCUAGGCUGUCUCAUCUAUGAAAUGAUUGCUGGGCAAUCGCCGUUUCGCGGAAGGAAGGAGAAGGUGAAGAGGGAAGAGGUGGACAGGAGAGUGCUGGAGACGGAAGAAGUGUAUUCCCAUAAGUUUUCUGAGGAGGCCAAGUCCAUCUGUAAAAUGCUCCUCACCAAAGAUGCGAAGCAGCGGCUGGGAUGUCAAGGGGAAGGUGCAGCAGAGGUGAAGAGACACCCCUUUUUCAAGAGCAUGAAUUUCAAGCACUUAGAAGCAGGCUUAUCCAUAGGACCCAGAGCAGUAUAUUGCAAGGAUGUGCUAGACAUCGAGCAGUUCUCCACAGUGAAAGGAGUAAACCUGGACCAAACAGAUGAUGAUUUCUAUUCCAAGUUUUCCACAGGAUCAGUCUCUAUUCCAUGGCAAAAUGAGAUGAUAGAAACAGAGUGUUUCAAAGAACUAAAUGUGUUUGGACCAAAUGGUACUAUUUCACCAGACCUAAAUAAAAGCUACCCCCCAGAGCCACCCAAGAAAGGAUUGCUACAGAGAAUAUUUAAACGACAGCAUCAGAACAAUUCAAAGAGUUCUACAAAUUCAAAGGCCAAUUUAAAUCACCACAUAAAUUCAAAUCAUGUAAGUUCAAACUCCACUGGAAGCAGCUAGUUCCAGCUGAGUUUUGUGAAACAACAUGUUGCAUCCUUCCUCUAUGGAGCUUCUAUGGAAGAGUGAGCAUCCACCAUUGAGUG